CAGGAGCAAAGAGAUGGAGAAAGGAAGGAGAUCCAGGAGCAGAGACAACGAGAGAGGGAGGCGUUCAAGGAGCCGAGAAAAUGAGAGGGAGAAAGGGAGGCGCUCCAGAAGCAGAGAAGCAGAGAAAGGGAGGCGUUCAAGGAGCAGAGAAGUGGAGAAAGGCAGUCUUUCAAAAAGCAGAGAAACAGAGAAAGGGAGGCGUUCAAGAAGCAGAGAAAAGAGGGACAAAGGAAAGGAGAGUGUUCCUCAGAGGACAAGACAUGACUCGUCCUCAUCUGGUUCUCCUUCUCCACCACCUCCACCCAAACAGGAGGCAAGGAGAGGAAGGAGCAGAGACAAUGUGCGGGAAAAAGACAGGAAUAGACAGGAGAAAAAGACGAGACACGACUCCUCAUCCCCCUCGCCUCCCCCUGAGAAGGAGAGGGCCAGGAGGGAGAGGAGCGGAGAGAGGGAGCGCAGGACUGACCGAGAUUUGCACUCAAGGGCACCAAAUGAAAGAGACAACAGGAGAGACACUGGCAAGAGACAGGAGAGAGAGGUAUCCCCUUUCCAACAGAAAAAUGACAGGAGGAGGGAUGGAGGACACCAGUCCCGCAACUCUCCGUCACCACCCUCUCGUGCACCUAUCACUAAUGGGCGGCAAAGAGAAAGGGAAGACGAGAAGAGAAGAGAAAAAGACAGGGAGAGUGUUAACGAGAGGGACAGGUAUCUGAACAGUCAGAGGGAACAAGACAGAGAGCGAGGUCAAGAGAGCGCCAGAAAGAGAGACGAGGCUGUGCGAUCGACCGCAGAAAGUAGGCGAGAUGGGUCGAGACCUGCCGAGAAAGGCAGGAGCGAAAGACCAGAGAUAAACGAGAGGCAGGAGAGGACAAGGAGCCCUCCGAGGAAGGAGAAACGGGAUGACAAAGAGAAACAAGCGGAGAAAAAAAGACAGAGGAGCAGCAGCAGUAGCAGCAGCGGUAGCAGCAGCAGCAGCAGUAGCAGCAGUGAUAGUGACAGUGACAGCUCCUCGUCCUCCUCUUCAUCCUCCUCUUCCUCUUCGUCCUCAUCCUCUGAAGAUGAGGGCAAACUGAAGAAGGCCAGGGCAGCAGGGAAGGAAAAAAGCAGUUCCUCAAAAAGUGCGCCAUCUGCCAUCGGUGCUGCAGUUCAGCGGUAUUUAGCCAAUGGUAGAAAGGAAAGCCCCGUCUCUGCUUCAGAGGGUGAUGGGAUUCGACGAGCUCAGAAGGAGAGAGAAUGUGGAAGAGACAAACGUGAGAGGGACAGCGCUCCCCACAGAGCUGCUGCAGAGACCCGCAAAAAAGGUCAGGAGCGAUAUAGCCCCACACAAAUGGACAGCCCCACUCCACCUCCUUCCCCCUCCAGCAGAGCCGACGCCAGCAGAGGCAACAGCAGAUACUCUUCCUCUGAGGCCGAGGCAGAGCGGUCGAGGGUGGAGGCCAAAGCUGGGGAGAGGGAGAGGGGCAGGGAGAGGGACACAGCCAAGAGGCCUGCAAGGUCCAGCCCCUCUGCCAGGAGGUCACACUCUCCACCUCAGAAAACCUCCACCACCUCCCCAGCACGUCGCACUCCACCAAAGCAGUAUCAGGACCCCCUGCCCCGAUCCAGGAGAGCCUCUCCUCCUCCAGCCUGGUCAGACCGGGAGAGAGAGAGACAGAGGGACAGAGAGAGGGAGAAGGAGAGGGACAGAGAGCGUGAAAGAGAGAGAGAAAAGGACAGAGAACGCGAGCGGAUCGCCAGGAGGAGCAGGUCCAGAAGCCCAAGAAGGCGCAGCAGGUCCAGGUCUAGAAGUCCAAGAAGGCGAAGCCCCCCCAACAGGUCCCGUCGCUCUCCCUCCCCGCAGCGGCAAAGGAGGAGCAGUCACUCCCUGUCCCGAGAAAGAGCGAGAGAGCGGGAACAAGAGAGGAUCAGACAGAGGGAGGCAGAACAAGAGAGAGAGAGGGUGAAGGAGCAUCUGCCCCCAAAAGAUGUCCCACAACCCCGCAGAUCCUCCUCGUCCUCCUCAUCUUCCUCUAGCUCCUCCUCCUCCUCUUCAUCCUCACCAUCACCACAGAGAGAGAUGAAAGACACAAAAGCAUCAACAGAGAGAGACAGGAGAACAGAGCGAGAGGACGAGAAGAGAGACGGAGAGCAGAAAAGUCGUUCUUCCUCUUCACAUCCCUCCAGAGACUCAUCCCAUGCCCCAACCUCAGGUAGGAGAGGCUCCCAGUCAGACUCCAGGCGCUCUGAUGCGCCCUCCAGAAGGUCUCCAGCUGGCAGCCAACCAGAAACCAAACAGCUGUCACGAGAUUCAAGCUGGAAGCAGUCGCCAGUGACGGCCCCUCCGCAGUCAGACCAAACGGUCAGAAGAGAGAGCGCUGUAAACGGGAAGGAGGCGAAUGCAAACAAGAAAGACAACGUGAGCAGCAGCUCCAGCUCCUCCUCUUCGUCCUCAUCGUCCUCUUCUUCCUCCUCUUCAUCAUCCUCCUCAGACAGCUCUGACUCUGAAGUGGAGCAAGGCAAAGGGAAGACAGGCAAACCUCAAAGUUCUCCUUCCUCGUCCUCGUCGUCAGAGAAUGAAAAGGAAACUAAGAAAAAGAG